AUGGAAAGUGAAUGUAAUUUUCCAAGAAAACUUCGUUAUGAUAUCAGUAUGUCAAAAAGAACAAGAAAAACACCAUUGAAUAUCAAAGAAGAAGUUGUCAAACAGGCAGAUGUGAAUGUAGAACAAGAAGGGAAAGCUAAAAAAGAAGAAGAAGAUGAGAAGAAGAAGAAUUUGAAGCAGUUGAUUGAAGGUCGAGGCACUUCAUUGGGCCACCAUUUUACAGAAGAAGAAAGGCAACUUCAGAUGGUUGUAAAACAGCCAGCUGAAAAUGGUGUUAAAUUCAAGCAAAUGGUGAGUCGUUAUGCUAAAGUUUUAAGCCAUAUGAUUAAGCUCAAGAGAAAGAAGCCUGCAGGUUACGGAUUGAAGAUGCAAGUGCAUAAUAAACCUUGA